CACGCCCCGGACCCGCCAGUCCCCCGAGCUGGAGGCGGGAAGUGGCCCACCUGCCUCUUUGCGCUUGGCUGUCCUGAGCUCCACCAGGGGGCGGCCUGAGCCCACGUGCCCGCGAGUCCUGCACUCCCGAAACUACAUCUCCCAGGCCGCUCGGGGGUCGCGCCCGCCUCGCCUCGCCUCGGCGUGCUCCGAUUGGUCGCCGCAGGAGGGGGGGGACCGGCGGUCUCCAGGGCGACGCGAGGCGCUCGGGGCAUCCGAGGCGGGGAGGCGGGUCCGCCCCCUAUUGUGUAGCCGGGAGAGCUGAGCCAGGCGGAGCGGAGCAGGUCUGGUGGUGCUCCACAACGGCUUCGUCAGGCGUUACGUGAGCCAAGCCCUAACUGCCCACAAGAGUGAGAGCUGAGACUGUCACCUGAUCAGGAUUGACGGGGCUCGCCGGCCUCCGCACAUCCCAGGCCCCUCCAUCUGGGCCCCUGUGGACAGGAGGGGCCGGGCGAGCGGGCAGCUGGGCUAUGGUUUGGUGCCUCAGUCUGGCCAUCCUCAGCCUGAUCAUCAGCCGGGGGGCUGACGGUCGAGGGAAGCCUGAGGCCGUGUCGGUGGUGGGCCGGGCUGGGGAGAGUGCGGUGCUGGGCUGUGACCUGCUGCCUCCGGCUGGCCGGCCCCCCCUGCACGUCAUCGAGUGGCUGCGCUUUGGAUUCCUGCUCCCCAUCUUCAUCCAGUUUGGCCUCUACACUCCCCGAGUCGACCCUGGUUUUGCAGGGCGAGUCCGGCUGCAGAAGGGGGCAUCUCUCCAGAUCGAGGGGCUCCGAGCGGAAGACCAGGGCUGGUAUGAGUGCCGAGUACUCUUCCUGGACCAGCACAGCCCCGAAGACGAUUCUGCUAAUGGCUCCUGGGUGCACCUCACAGUCAAUUCACCCCCUCAGUUCCUGCAGACACCUCCCCAGGUGCUGGAAGUUCAGGAACUGGAGCCCGUGACCCUGCGUUGUGUGGCCCGUGGCAGCCCACAGCCUCAUGUGACUUGGAAGCUCCGAGGACAGGACCUUGGCCAGGGCCAGGGUCAGGUGCAAGUGCGGAACGGGACGCUGUGGAUCCGGCGGGCCGUGCGGGGAAGCUCCGGGGUCUACACCUGCCAAGCCUCCAGCACUGAGGGCAGCGCCACCCACGCCACCCAGCUGCUGGUGCUAGGCCCCCCGCUCAUCGUGGUGCCCCCCAGGAACAGCACGGUUAAUGCCUUCCAGGAUGUGUCUUUGGCCUGCCAGGCAGAGGCCUACCCAACAAACCUCACCUACAGCUGGUUCUGGGGCAGUGCCAAUGUCUUCCAUGUUAGCCACCUGCAGGCCCGGGUGCGGAUCCUGGUGGAUGGGAGCCUGCGGCUCCGGGCCGCCCAGCCUGACGAUGCUGGUCGCUACACCUGUGUGCCCAGCAACGGCCUCCUGCACCCACCCUCGGCCUCUGCCUACCUCACUGUGCUCUACCCAGCCCAGGUGACCACGAUGCCUCCUGAGACACCCCUGCCUAUCGGCAUGCGGGGGGUGAUCCGGUGCCCAGUCCGUGCCAACCCUCCACUGCUCUUUGUCAGCUGGACCAAGGAUGGGCAGGCUCUACAGCUGGACAAGUUCCCCGGCUGGUCCCAGGGCCCAGACGGCUCACUGAUCAUUGCCCUGGGGAAUGAGGAUGUCCUGGGAGAAUAUUCCUGCACCCCCUACAACAGUCUGGGUACGGCAGGGCCCUCCCCGGUGACCCGUGUGCUGCUCAAGGCUCCCCCAGCUUUUCUAGAGCGGCCCAAGGAAGAGUAUUUCCAAGAAGUAGGGCGGGAGCUACUCAUCCCCUGCUCUGCCCGAGGAGACCCUCCUCCUACUAUCUCUUGGGCCAAGGUGGGCCGGGGGCUGCAGGGCCAGGCCCAGGUGGACAGCAACAGGAGCCUCGUCCUGCGACCACUGACGAAGGAGGCCCACGGGCGCUGGGAGUGCACUGCCAGCAACGCUGUGGCCCAAGUAGCCACCUCCACAAAUCUCUAUGUGCUGGGCACCAGCCCCCAUGGAGUCACCAAUGUGUCUGUGGUGCCUUUGCCCAAGGGUGCCAAUGUCUCCUGGGAGCCUGGCUUUGAUGGUGGCUACCUGCAGAGAUUCAGUGUCUGGUAUACCCCCUUAGCCAAGCAGCCUGACCGAGCUCACCAUGACUGGGUGUCCCUGGUGGUACCCGUUGGGGCUGCUCACCUCCUAGUGCCCGGGCUGCAGCCCCACACCCAGUACCAGUUCAGCGUCCUAGCUCAGAACAGGCUGGGGAGCGGGCCGUUCAGUGAGAUCGUCUUGUCUGCUCCUGAAGGGCUUCCUACCACACCAGCAGCCCCCAGGCUUCCCCCGACUGACCUGCCGCCUCCCCUCUCCCCUCCUCGAGGUCUAGUGGCAGUGAGAACACCCCGGGGGGUACUCCUGCAUUGGGAUCCCCCGGAAUUAGUCCCUAGGAGAUUAGAUGGCUAUGUGCUGGAGGGCCGGCAAGGCCCCCAGGGCUGGGAGGUGCUGGACCGGACUGUGGCAGGCACGGAAAUGCAGCUGCUGGUGCCAGGACUCAUCAAGGAUGUUCUCUACGAGUUUCGCCUGGUGGCCCUCGCCGGGAGCUAUGUCAGCGAUCCCAGCAACGUGGCCAACGUCUCCACUUCCGGCCUGGAGGUCUACCCCUCACGCACGCAGCUGCCGGGCCUCCUGCCCCAGCCCGUGCUGGCCGGCGUGGUGGGCGGGGUCUGCUUCCUGGGCGUGGCUGUGCUCGUGAGCGUCCUGGCCGCCUGCCUCACGAACCGGCGCAGGGCCACCCGCCGCCGCCGCAAGCGCCUCCGCCAAGAUCCACCCCUUACCUUCUCUCCGCCGGGGAAGUCAGCUCCACACUCUGCUCCUGGCUCAGACAGUCCUGACAGCGUGGCGAAGCUGAAGCUCCAGGGCUCCCCAGUCCCCAGCCUGCGCCACAGUCUGCUCUGGGGAGAGCCUGCUGGGCCCCCCAGCCCCCCUCCAGAUCCUCCAUCUAGCCGGGGGCCCUUGCCCCUGGAGCCCAUUUGCCGGGGGCCAGAUGGGCGCUUUGUGAUGGGGACCCCUCAAGGAAAGUCAGGCCCUGAGCCAGCCGCACCUCGGACCCCGGCCGGGCGUCAAGCGGGGCCCUGUGACUGCUGCAGUAGUAGCCCCAGCGGGAUGCCCCAACCCCUCCGCAUUGCAGACAUCAGCCCUGUGGGGCCCCCUCCCGCAGCUCCGUGCAACCCUCUGCCAGGACCAGCACCCCUGAUCCAGUACCUGAGCCUGCCCUUCUUCCGGGAGAUGAAUGUGGAUGGGGACUGGCCCCCUUUCCAGGAGCCCAGGCCUGUUCCUCCCCCAGAUUACAUGGAUACGCGGCCCACGUCAUCUUUCCUUCUCCCCCUGGACUCCCCUUCUGUGUCUACUAGGGCAGUGCUUCCUGGGGCCAGGGCUGGGGCCGCCCCAGAGCCCCUGGACACAGCACUGGCUGACUGGACACUGAGGGAGCGGCUCCUGCCAAGCCUUCUUCCUCCUGCCCCUCGGGGCAGCCUCACAAGCCAGAGCAGUGGGCGGGGCAGUGCCUCAUUCCUCCGGCCCCCCUCCACAGCCCCCUCUGCAGGAGGCAGCUACCUCAGCCCUGCUCCAGGGGACACCAGCAGCUGGGCCAGUGGCCCUGAGAGGUGGCCUCGAAGGGAGCAUGUGGUGACAGUCAGCAAGAGGAGGAACACAUCUGUAGAUGAGAACUAUGAAUGGGACUCCGAAUUCCCUGGGGACAUGGAAUUGCUGGAGACUCUGCACCUGGGCUUGGCAGGCUCUAGGCCCCAACCGGAAGCUGAGCCAUUGCUGGAUGCAAAGACUCCAGAGGAGGGCUGCCUCCUCAACACUACCCGUGCUCCUGGCCCUGAGGCCCGCUGUGCUGCCCUUCGGGAGGAAUUCCUGGCCUUCCGCCGUCGCCGAGAUGCCACUAGGUCCCGGCUACCAGUGUAUCGACAGCCAGCCCCCCACCCUGAACAGGCCACUCUGCUGUGAAUGCCCCUACUAUGAGGCUGGUGAAGGCACAUGAUUCUGCAGAGGAGGCCCCAACAUGACCUAGCUCCAGCCUGGGACACUGUCCCUGCCCUUUGGGUACCCAGGCACAGACCGUGAUGGUGGGUCUGGGUGGGCUUGGUGUGGAACGGACAUAUGUGCUGAGGCCCUGGAGUCUGGGACUGGAACAGCGAUCUCAGGUCUGCCUGCUUGUGUGUGCGUGCGUGUGUGUGUGUGUAGCGGUGGUGGCAGCGGUGGUGGUGGUGGUGGUGUUUGUGGUGUGGGUGAGGUUUUUUACAGGUGAAUAAAGAAAGUCUGAAAAAUG